ACGGCGGCGGACCGAGGAUCGGCGGGCCGGGGCGCCCACACCGCGCUGGCUGCCCGGCCUCCGGCUUCCUUUUGUCUGUCCAGGCGGCGAUGAGCGUAAGACCCGUGUGGAGCCUGCGGGCGCACGGACGCCCGCGCUCCUAGCCGCCUCUCGGGCCUCGGGUAGCCAUCCGCGGAGCGCGUCCUGCCCCGGACCGACAGGAUCUUGCUAAAUUGCCUGGGCUGAACUGGAACUUGUGAUCCUCCUUCCCCAGCCUCCCGAAGUGCUGGCAUUACAGGGGCAUGGUCUAGCUGCCCAUCGCGCCCGUGCACCUGCCGGGAGCCGCUGACCCCUGCCGCGUGUCGCUCUCCACUCAGCCCCAGGGGCAGUUUCUGGCCACCAUGGGCAAGCAGAACAGCAAGCUUCGGCCCGAGGUGCUGCAGGACCUGCGUGAGAACACGGAGUUCACUGACCACGAGCUGCAGGAGUGGUACAAGGGCUUCCUCAAGGACUGCCCCACUGGCCACCUGACUGUGGAUGAGUUCAAGAAGAUCUAUGCCAACUUCUUCCCUUACGGCGACGCCUCCAAGUUCGCCGAGCAUGUCUUCCGCACCUUCGACACCAACGGCGACGGCACCAUUGACUUCCGGGAGUUCAUCAUCGCGUUGAGUGUGACGUCACGGGGAAAGCUGGAGCAGAAGCUCAAGUGGGCCUUCAGCAUGUACGACCUGGACGGCAACGGCUACAUCAGCCGCAGUGAGAUGCUGGAGAUCGUGCAGGCCAUCUACAAGAUGGUGUCGUCUGUGAUGAAGAUGCCAGAGGAUGAGUCCACCCCGGAAAAGCGGACGGACAAGAUCUUCAGACAGAUGGACACCAACAACGAUGGCAAGCUGUCCCUGGAAGAGUUCAUCAAAGGUGCCAAGAGCGACCCCUCCAUCGUGCGGCUGCUGCAGUGCGACCCCAGCAGCGCCAGCCAGUUCUGAGCUCGGGACGGACACUGCACCCUCAGCUUUGCUUGUGAAAGCGGACGCCUCGCCUGCCCUCCUGCCGUCCCCACUCCGGCUGGCCCAGCCUUGCCUGGUGACUCACAGCCCCUGCCCCCGUGGCUGUGCCUCCCCCUCCAUCUGACCAGCGUGAGGCCCCCUCCCACCUGGCCUGGUCCCUCCAUGGCGACGCCUAGGGAUGGGGCCCUGUGCAGGGCAGAGCUGCUGGCUCCGGGCUCUGGGCAGGACUUCUGGGAGUGCAUUGAGGCCGCCAUAAUGGGUGAUUUCACUGAGUGUGGACAGGCAAGCCCUCCCUCUGAGCAUGGCCCGCCCCGCGUCCAUGUGUGACCAAAGCUGCUUGCUCGUGACACCUGUGGUCCUUCUUUCCGUACCUAAGUUAUGUGUAUGCUGCUGUGGGGUGGGACGCAGGUCCCUAUUUAAAGCCCCCGGCGCUGUGCAGCAUGGUCCUGUGGCCUGUGGCCGUCUGUGGUGUUGCUGUCUCACGAUGCAUGCUGGCCAGAGGCAGUUGUGUGAUCGUCCUUCCUGUCAAUUGGUCUGGCAUUUCCGGUAUUAAAUGAUCCAAUAAGCGA